GACAGUAGCAAAGAUUUAGCUACGACGCUCACACCAUUCAGCUGACAGGUGUGUGUGAUGCUAGCACGUUAGCUCCGAUACUGCACGAACUCACUUUAGCGAGCUCCGUUAAAUAUGAAUAUUUUCGUGGAAGAAUAAUGACGCUAAGCUCUCAGUGUGACUUGUAAAUCGGGGGGCUUGAAAACAAAAAGCUAAGACGCAUCCCCUUAGCAACCGUACCUGGUUAGCUGUGAAAGUUGUUGAGCUUCGUUGAGGCUAACGCGAGUAAUAAAUAAGGCCAAGGCGUUGAAGUUAUUACGGAGGCGGGUUUUCUGCGAAGAUAAAUGUUGGCUAAAUGGCAAAAAGCGACCGGGACGAUGGAGCGCUUGACUUUCGGGGUAGCGAGCAGAAGCUGACAGGCAACGGGAGUACUCGUUCGUUUGGCUCCGAUGCAGUCACACUUGGCUCGGAUUAUGGCACUGACACGUCCGAGGAGAAGGAGGUGGACAAAUACGGCUUUACAGGAGGAGCCCAGGAGCACACGGGACUCCAUGCUGAAGAAAUCCCCACGGAGGUGCUGAGGCAUCGGGAGUCCAAAUGGCUGGAGAUGCUCAACAGCUGGGACAAGUGGAUGGCCAAAAAGCACAAGAAGGUAAAAGAUCGCUGUCAGAAGGGGAUCCCCCCGUCGUUGCGUGGUCGUGCCUGGCUCUACCUCACUGGAGGCAAAGUGAAGGAGGAGCAAAACCGGGGAAAGUUCCAGGAACUGGAUAAUCAGCCAGGCGAUGCCAAAUGGGUGGAUGUCAUCGAGAGAGACCUCCACCGACAGUUUCCCUUCCAUGAAAUGUUUUCUGCCAAAGGUGGACACGGGCAGCAAGACUUGUUCCGCGUGCUCAAGGCGUACACCCUGCACCGUCCCGAGGAAGGCUACUGUCAGGCUCAGGCUCCCGUUGCUGCUGUGCUCCUCAUGCACAUGCCUGCUGAGGAUGCGUUCUGGGUCCUUGUCCAGAUUUGUGAGAAGUAUCUUCCUGGAUACUACAGUUCAGGCCUGGAGGCCAUCCAGCUGGACGGGGAGAUCCUGUACGCUCUGCUGCGGCGGGUGUCUCCCAUCGCACACCGUCACCUUAAGCAGCACAAACUGGAGCCCAUCUUGUACAUGACUGAGUGGUUCAUGUGCGCCUUCUCCCGCACGCUGCCGUGGGCGUCUGUGCUCCGCGUGUGGGACAUGUUCCUCUGUGAGGGAGUGAAGAUCCUCUUCCGCGUGGGCCUGGUCCUCCUCAAAUGCCUGCUGGGAUCUCGAGAAAAGGUGAAGGCCUGCUCGGGUCUUUACGAAACAAUGGAGCAUCUCCGGGCCAUACCACCACAAUACAUGCAUGAGAGUUUCCUAGUGCAAGAGACCAUAGACCUGUCCGUAUCGGAGAAAGACAUCGAGAAGGAGCACCUGGCACAGCUCCGACGCUGGAAGGAGACCCACGAUGACCUCUACCACAAAUCCCCACCCAGGAUGCACGGCGCCAAGGCCGUCAUGGCCGCAGAGCCGCCGGGCCGGCAGUAUCUGAGGCAGCGGCCCACCAUCAUCGUGGAGCCCCCGGAGGGAGACGACGCCAGGGACACUCGCAAGCCCAAAGAGAGAGAACCGGAAGAAGAGCGUUCUGCCACCGCGGAGACAGAUAAUGCUCCGCCGUUUCUCCUGGAACCCUCGCCGCUCCUGCAACCAAUGAGCGUGCACGCGUCCAAAGAGAGUGUGAGCAGCACCGAGCAUGACACCUAUCUGUACCACGGUUUUACGUGAUUCUCCUUCACCUCAGCUCCUUCUUUUUGUCUGGGACAGGAAGUGACCGCCAACUGCAAACACUGACCCAACAUGUCACCUGUGUAAACAAGCUCAAUUGAUAUGCGCUGCUUGUGAUUCCAACUUUUGUCACGUAAAUUCACAUCUGACCUAUUUAUAAUUUUUGCGUGAACACUAUUGGGGAUUUCCAACUCUUCACCCUUAUAUCAGAUAAACAUUUCAUCUGGGCUACUUCUGGUUUAGGAGACAACAAGUGGAAAGCAGGAAGGUUGCUAUCAACACAGUCUCCC